AUGUACGCUGCCUCCCAACCGCCAAACCAGCCGUACCGUAGGCAACAGGCUAUUCAACAGCCUCUGCGGCCUCCAAAGGCCCCCACAAUCAUCGUUGGAAUACCAGCAGUCCAUAUCGAGAACAACCAACUCGUUGUCGGCUCUUCUCAAUCUCACUCGACGCGCUCAUAUACCGAGCUUAAAAGUCUCGGAGAUGGUUCAUUCGGUACUGUCUGGCUUUGCGAUUGGCAUGGGACCCUACCCCCCAAUACGCCACUUUCUCCCAUGCAGUGUGGAGCUGGAGCAAAGCCAGAAUGGUCGGGAAAGCGACUGGUAGCAGUGAAGCGGAUGCGUAAAAAGUGGGAAGGCGGAUGGGAGGAGUGUCAGCGUCUCAAAGAGCUUGAGUCUCUGCGUGCUAUCCCAUUCCAUCCCAACAUCAUUCCUUUGUACGACUUUUUCCUCCAACCUGACUCUAAGGAGCUCUAUUUUGUUUUUGAACCCAUGGAGGGUAACCUCUACCACCUCGUCAAAGCCCGCAAGGGUCGUCCAUUCGCUGGCGGUCUUACUUCUUCCAUUUUUCGCCAAAUGGUAUCUGGGCUUGAGCAUAUUCAUUCGGCUGGUUACUUCCAUCGCGACAUGAAGCCGGAGAACGUCCUCGUGACCACUACCGGCCUCUACGAUUACGCCUCUGUCUCCCCCAACGCUCCUCUCCACGCCCCUUCCGAAAAGGAUGUUGUAGCUAUCAUCAAACUCGCUGACUUUGGUCUCGCUCGCGAAAUCCGUAGCCUGCCUCCCUAUACCGAAUAUGUCUCAACUCGCUGGUAUCGUGCGCCUGAGGUCCUCCUCAUGAGCAACGAUUAUUCGACGCCAGUCGACAUGUGGGCUCUGGGGACCAUCAUGGCAGAGCUCAUCAACUUGCGACCGCUAUUUCCUGGUGUCGACACUAUAGACCAAUUAGGGAGAAUUUGUGACGUCUUAGGCGAUCCUAGCGACACUUACGGCUUUGAUGUUCACAACAAUCCCGUUGGCGGCGGACCGUGGCCACGCGGGCUGCAAAUGGCAAGCAGCAAUGGAUUUAAGUUCCGAAAGACACAGCCUAAGAACAUCUAUUCGCUCUUCCCUCUCGAGCACCAUUUUCCGGCUGUUCCAUUAUCGCUCGUUCACUGCAUUCGAGAUCUGCUCAAAUACGAACCCGGCGCGCGGCUUACAAGUCGGCAAUGUCUUGACCACCCAUAUCUCCGCGAAACAACACAUCGCAACAACAUUCCCCUUCCGCCAGGUCUACGUCCGUCAACAGGCUUGCCCCCACCUCCUCGCACUAUUGCCCCUUCAUUUUCUUCUCGCUCACAUGAAUCGGAACCCUUGUCCAAUGGCAACCGAAGUUUCCUGCCCGCCGUAUCGAACUACUCGUCGUCAUUCUCCACCAAGGCCUCGGAAUAUGUUCAUGAUGUUCGACUAUAUCAACAUCAAGCGAACGGACCUUCUCUUGUAGAAGAGGAGAGACGGACGCAACCUGCUUUGGCGUCGUCGAUCUGGGAAGGAGAGCGUGGCCAGGCAAAUGCAGAAGACAGUAUGGAUGUGUCACCAGAUGUCUCAAACGAGUAUCUGGGCGGUCCUAUGGAUGUGCAGCCACCUCAUUUCGCACCCGACUUUCCCAAUCGUCCUCCGGUCAACGAACCCGGGGUUCACGAUGUCAGCCAGCCUCAAUCCAACAAAUCUGGAAAGUUUGGCUCGUUGGGAUUCGGCAAGAAGCGCAGUGGUUGGGGACUUGGCAUGUUUGGUGGCGACAAAUCGCAUCACAACGGCUUGGCUCCUCUGGACGAGAUUGCAGUGGCUUCAACGUCAACUCCAUCUCUCAAGCGUUCACAAUCGUCAAGUAGUGAUAGCAGAUCACUGCGUGAACCUUCACCCAUUCGCGAGGCUCCGCGUCGCAUGGAUGCCAAGAAGAAUAGGAAAGAAGCUGAGCGCAUACAACGAGAAGCUGAGAAGCAAAGACGGGCGUUGGCCGAGAAAAUGCAAAGGGAGCAAGCGCGCGCCGUCAUGCAGAAGCGUAGUCAAAUCACUCAGAAUGCUGCUCGCCAAUUCGAGUGGGAUGGAGGAGCUCAGCAACGACGGGAAUGGGAUGAGAAAGGCAAACAAGCUGCCUCUGGACCUGUUCGUCAGAAUAGAUCCGAUGACCCCUCUGCCUCGACAACGGUUAAUGCUGCUGCUGGUCGAUUUGUUUCAUCAGAAGUAUCUGACUGGCGACGCGACACAGAGCGAAUGUCAAAAGCAAGACGCGUCGACUAUGAUGACGACCAUUCAAUGUCUUCAUCCGAUGUUCACAGUAUUGGUCGUAUGUCCUCCAUAUCCUUCGCCACAGUGGAUAGCGACCCAGGGCCUGCUCGAAUACGAAACCGACCAAGCUUACUCGGUAUGAGCAGAAUGACCUCUUCCUCGUCAUUGCAGACAUCCUUCGACGAGUUCUCGCCAGAUUUCCCUUCUUCGGCCCGCUCUUCCAAUUCCUUUUCGCUAGAAGGACAACUUGCUCAAGAUUUUCGGACACAGGCCUCCUUCGAUGGCAGUCCGCUGACUGGUAGCAUUUCACCGCCACCUAUGCAAGCUCUUUCUCUUUCCCCUUCCCUGUCACCCUCUGCCUCUCCAUGGCUACAUCCUCAGCCGGACGGACGCUAUGUUCUCCAACCCCGCACCUCACCCCUGAACGGCGGCUCCUCCUUCGAUUUCAGCCGACAAUCUCCCAGCCCAUUUGGUAGUCCUAACGCAGCACCCAAGUCGGCCAUAAACCCGAUGUUCAAGGUGCCCCCGCUACCUCCACCGCCGUUAGGCGAUUCCUUACCCCCGUUUUCUGAGCUUGACGCCGUUGCGGGAGGUAACGAAUACCUUGCUCCGGCUGUACAUAUGCUUGCGCCGGAAGCUGGAUAA